GCGUGUAGCAGCACGCCGAUAGACAAACAGAGCUAUUGUUAGCCGAGAAUCAGCCAGCAGGUUGUGUCAGAGUUUAUCCCAUACUCGCCACCACCUACCUGUUGAAUAUUCACAACGUUUAUUUAGCAAGCAGCAAAGUCCAAGUAGCUGUCGAAGAACAUUAAUCCAAGCUGUGGGGCAGGUGAGGAGAGGAAAAGUGUGUCGCGGAAGGAAGGAAAUAAGGAAGUAAAUUAGUACAACCAUUGGGCUCGGAACCGAACUCAACAGGUUAACUAGCCUACUUCAAUGGUAUAACAGCGGCUCGGACUUUUUAAUACCAACGUCGAAAAACAUACGAAAGCACUAAUUAAAAUGCCGUUGGGACCAUGGAGGAAGAAAAACAAAUCGACGAAGGAGCACUUGGUGGAGAACGAGGAGGUCGGCGGUGGACACGCAGGUGCAGCUGGGAGCUUGGCUAAAUCCGCCGUGAACGGAGCGGGGCUGCCGCCUCCACCUGCAAAUCUGCGGCCCAAACUGGUCUUCCACACGCAGCUGGCGCACGGAAGCCCCACCGGCAGGAUCGAGGGAUUCUCCAACGUGAAGGAGUUGUACUCGAAAAUAGCAGACGCGUUUAAUAUAAGCCCACCUGAGAUCCUGUUCUGCACCCUCAACACCCACAAGAUUGACAUGGACAAGCUGCUGGGGGGCCAGAUCGGUCUUGAGGAUUUUAUCUUCGCCCACAUCAGAGGGAUCAAGAAGGAGGUGGAAAUUUAUAAAUCUGAAGAUGCUCUGGGCCUCACCAUCACUGACAAUGGAGUGGGAUACGCUUUCAUAAAGCGUAUCAAAGAGGGCAGUGUCGUGGACGGGGUGAAGGUGAUCUGUGUGGGCGACCACGUAGAGUGCAUUAACGGACGUAACGUUGUUGGGAUACGGCAUUAUGAGGUUGCCCGCAUGCUUAAAGAGCUGCCCAAAGACAAGUCCUUCACCCUCAAACUGGUCGAGCCGAUGAAGGCCUUUGAAAUGCUUGAGCCCAGGUCAAAAGGCGCCAAACCUCCCAGUGAUAACAAGAUCGGCACAGGGAGGGGGACUCUGAGGCUUCGCUCCAAGGGUCCAGCUACUGUAGAAGAGGAGCCAACAGAAUUUGAGGAGAAGGCAGUAAAGAAAGUGGACGACCUCCUGGAGAGCUACAUGGGCAUCAGAGACACUGAACUUGCUGCUACGAUGGUCGAGGUCGGCCGUGACAAGAAGAAUCCGGAUGAAUUUGCCAUGGCACUAGAUGAGACCCUCGGAGACUUUGCCUUUCCCGAUGAGUUUGUCUUCGACGUUUGGGGGGCCAUCGGAGACGCCAAGCAGGGAAGAUUUUAAGUUAGCUCCUUCCUCCACCCCAAACACACACACACACGCGCGCUUCUUCCCCAACUCGCCUCUUAAUAUCUUCAGAAGCAAACUGGACAAACUUCAACCAGCACAAACUUUUUUCUUUAGGCAUAGCUUUGCACUUGGAUGCACCUAAAAUGUCAUCUUCAGUCAAGUUGGUUGCCAUAUGAAAUUUGAUGUGUUAUCCAUAAUAUUCCAACACUGGUCCUGUCUCCUGCAUGCUGAUGAGUUGCUGAUUAAUUCCUGAUGUUGUAUAAACCUUUUGUACACCCCCUCCCCCCGGGAGACGGUGAUCACUCCAGCUGCAUCUUGUUCUUGUCAGAACAGCAUACAUAGUCAACAGUGGUCCAUUACGCUGGUUAUGAAAUGGAAUGUGCACACUUUAAAUCGCUGUUUUAAUCACACUUUAUAGCUGUAUCAUUUUGAAUAUAAAGAUGUAAUACGCAGCUUUUUAUAGACUUUUUUUAUAUGUGGAAUUGUUGCUGAUUUUAUAGCAGCAUUGUGUAAUUAGUGUAAUUAUAAUCUUAGUAGCAAUAAUUCUCUCAAGCUAGCUUUUUUCUUUAUCUUCCUCCCAUCAUUUAAAACCUUCUAAAUUACCUCACAGGGACGAAUUGUCGAAGAUUCGGCCACUUUCACUUUGCUGAUGUUUACUUUGUGAUUUUCUCAAAAACUCUACUCUGUGCCCUUACACACCUCAGCUUGAGCCCUUCGUCCAUCUUUCAAGAGACUGAGCACUACAGAGAACAGAGGGCUUUAUCUUUAAAUGCCUUCGGCUAAGUUUGAUGACACGUUCCACCAACAUUCCUUAUGUUUCUCAUGUUGUUUUAGUCUGUUAACAUGUCAUGAAAUGAGGCAUGCUUAUUUUUUCCCUGUAAUUUAUUUUUUCAUAAAAAAAUCAUAUGCUGUAAGACAUUAUUACACUAAGAUAUGGCUCUGUAUGAAAGAAAGUUCUUUUCUAAAUAAGCCAUUUUGGAGGUUGUCUGGAAUGGGAUCUAUUGCAAUCCAAUGUCUUAAAUAAAUGCACUCGUAUUAAUGUAACUGCACUAUUUAAAUCACGGUCAAACUGAAUUUAAAUAGGGACUUGAUUAGUGUCAUCUACUGAUAACUGUUGUAGCAGUUGCAUAUUGUUUGACAAACCAUAAGGGAUCACUAUUGUUGGAUAGGCAAUAAAAUUUGAUAUACUGUUAUUAUAGCUGUGUCAUGAAUGCAUCCGGCUCAGUACAACAAACUUUAUUUGCACCCUUGGCUGUGUACAUGUUUAAAAUACAUUGAGACACACAACCAAUGUUUGCAUCCCUCAUUCAUAAGGCUGGGGGG